AUGGCGCCCCGAGGACUCAGUGCAGCCGAGAAGAAAAUCAAGAUGCUGGAGAUCUUCCAUGAGACUAAGGAGUUCUUCACCCUCAAGGAAAUGGAAAAGCAUGGCCCCAGCAAGUCUUUCGAUACCUCCCACCCUCUUCACUUCUCCUGGACCCGCUCUACUCCCCCCUUCCUUCCUGACGCGUCCGUAGCACAGCAGACGGUCAAGGAGACACUGGACGACCUAGUUGGUGAUGGCUUGGUCAACUUUGACAAGAUUGGCACAAGCAACUACUUCUGGGCUUUCCCCUCUGCGGCCGGUGCGGCGAAACAAGCCGCCGUCGACAAAGCCAACAAGGAGCUCGAAAGCGUCACGGCCCGUAUCGCUCAAGUCCAGGCCGCACUCGUUGCUGCUCAGAAAGGGAGGGAAGACACUGCGGAUCGGAAGAAGCUCCUCGUCACUCUCGACUCUGCCCGGGCGACCAACAUCGAGCUCAAGACGGAACUUGACGCCUAUGGAGCCGCCGACCCCGUCAAGUAUGAGCGCAAGAAGCGGGCCAUUGAGGUGUGCAAGGAGUCUGCUUUGCGGUGGACCGACAACAGCGUCGCGGCUAUGCAGUAUGGCAGGGCCACUCUUGGGGUGGAUACGGAGUCACUGAAGCACAUCACAGGUAUCGAUGACCUUGACGAAUGGGAGGAGCUCAAGCUUUAA